CUAUACAUUAAGGAAGCAGCCGGGGAAUCAGUAUUUUUAUAGGUUCGCCAGCGUCCAGCCCCGCCAGACAGGGAGGAACCGCUAGCCGGCCUGCUAAAGGGCCCGGCGGUAGUGAGCCCCGUGGACUACCGGUCAGCCCCGAACGUCCGGCUCCGGAAAGAUCCCCACCAGGUGGGAGGGAGCCGACGAGGGUUAGCACGGUAAACUCCAUCCAACAAGCACGGCGGUCACCCGUCUUCCCCCAGCACUGUCCUCAGCUUCUCUGGGCAGACUCACCUGAAAGUCCCUAAAAGGUGUAAGUCUGAACGAGAGGAAACGACUACCGCACUAGACGAUACAUUUUGGGUAACUUAAGACCUCGCGAAAUUUUUUAACAAAAAACGAAAAGAAAAACACCUCCCCGUGACGCCCGCCGCCCCACCUCCGGCCUCUCUCCGCUACUUCUUCCCGGUCCCCUCAGCCAACGCGAAAAGAAACGCGAGACAGAGAUGUGAGGCGUGGCUCACUCUGACCAAUGGAAAUCGAGGGCGUGGCCUCGAGCCUCUCUCUCAGUGGCCAGGGGGCCCCAGGCCCGGUCUUCGCGCUCGGAGGCGGAAGUCGCUGGGCGACUCGUGCGCGUUCUUAGCCAGGCGGUUUGCUGCACCGGGAGCCGCCAUCAUGGUGCGGAAGCUAAAGUUUCACGAGCAGAAGCUGCUGAAGCAGGUGGACUUCCUGAAUUGGGAGGUCACUGACCACAACCUGCACGAGCUGCGCGUGUUGCGGCGUUAUCGGCUGCAACGGCGGGAGGACUAUACGCGCUACAACCAGCUGAGCCGGGCUGUGCGCGAGCUGGCGCGGCGCCUGCGCGACCUACCCGAGCGCGACCCGUUUCGCGUGCGCGCCUCGGCCGCCCUCCUGGACAAGUUGUAUGCUCUCGGCCUGGUGCCCACUCGCGGCUCGCUCGAGCUCUGCGACUUCGUCACGGCCUCGUCCUUCUGCCGCCGCCGACUGCCCACCGUGCUCCUGAAGCUGCGUAUGGCGCAGCACCUCCAGGCUGCCGUGGCUUUCGUGGAGCAGGGCCACGUGCGCGUGGGCCCCGACGUGGUCACCGACCCCGCCUUCCUUGUCACGCGCAGCAUGGAGGACUUUGUCACCUGGGUUGACUCGUCCAAGAUCAGGCGGCACGUGCUGGAGUACAAUGAGGAGCGCGAUGACUUCGAUCUGGAGGCCUAGCGGGUCGUCCCGGCCAGGGCUGUGCCUCAUAGAUGGGACAGCUGAGAACUGAAGUUUGAGAUUCUGUGAGGGCGCUCUCCCCGAGAGUGUGUCAGCCAGGCUUUGGUUCUUAAGAACUUAGCCCCUCAGCUGCAGGCUACACACAGAGCCAAAGGGUACGGCCGUUUUCCAUGAAUUUUGUUAGUCCUAGGACUGUUGAUAAAUGACUGAUUUAAGAGUCACUGG